CUCUAGCCACGCAGGGCAAAGAAAGACCGACAUAUACUUCAUCGAUGGCGGCGGGGGGUGUGUGGGUGUUCCGAAAGGACGCGGUGAUGGAGCUGCAGAGCGCGGCCGGAGGGUCGCCAACGGGCCAGGGCGUCGGCGGCCACAAGGCGCUGGUGUACCUGCCGGCUAACGAGCCCAUGCGGUCGCUGGAGGCGCUGGAGCGGCGGCUGGGGUCGCUGGGUUGGGAGCGCUACUACGAAAACGGAGACAUCGUGCAGCUCCACCGGCGCGACGGCGGCGUCGACCUCAUCGCCCUCCUGCGUGACUUUACGCGGUUCCGCUCCACCCACAUGUACGACAUCGUCGUCAAGAACCGACACCACUUCAAGGACGUCGACCUCUAGGCAUGCAUGAUACUUCCUCCGUCCGAAAAUACUUGUCAUCAAAGUGGAGAAAAUGAGUUGUAUCUGAGACUAAAAUACGUUGAGAUACAUCCCUUUUUAUCCAUUUUGAUCAUAAGUAUUUCCGGGCCGAGGGAGUGCAUUAUUUACGUACCCCCUCCGUCUCAAAAUAAGUGUCUCAAUUUGUACUAACUCCAGUAUAAAAUUGUAUUAAGCCUCAGACACUUAUUUUGGGACGGAGGUACUACUUACUUUCCCCGGUCAUGCUAGCAAGCCUGUUCUGCAAAUAAGCGCACACGCAUAAUGAUGUGCCUUGUGUAUGUCGUCUCUGAAUUACUCCUAGCUAGUGUGAGCGUUUUGUAUUUUUGAUUGAA